GUCAUCGUUCCCGCCAUAAGAUAGAGGAGAGGGCACUCGAUUCCUAUUAGGGUUUGUUGGUCCAUCCGUUCAGUCUCUUUGUUCACAGCGUUACGCGGCCGUCUUCCUCUCUCCCCCCCUCUCUCUCAGUAUGGCUACUCAGAUCAGCAAGAAGAGGAAGUUCGUUGCGGAUGGGGUCUUCUUUGCCGAACUAAACGAAGUCCUUACUAGGGAACUGGCAGAAGAUGGGUACUCUGGUGUUGAAGUCCGGGUUACUCCAAUGCGCACGGAGAUCAUCAUCCGAGCGACCAGAACUCAGAAUGUUCUUGGUGAAAAGGGAAGGAGGAUCAGAGAAUUAACAUCUGUUGUGCAGAAGAGAUUUAAUUUCCCAGAGAACAGUGUGGAGCUAUAUGCUGAGAAGGUCAAUAAUAGAGGUCUUUGUGCCAUUGCUCAAGCAGAGUCUCUUCGUUACAAGCUUCUUGGUGGUCUUGCCGUUAGGAGGGCGUGUUAUGGAGUUCUACGUUUUGUCAUGGAGAGUGGUGCAAAGGGUUGUGAGGUCAUUGUCAGUGGAAAGCUGAGGGCACAACGUGCCAAGUCCAUGAAGUUCAAGGAUGGCUAUAUGAUUUCGUCAGGCCAACCUGUGAAUGAGUACAUUGACUCGGCCGUGAGGCAUGUCUUGUUGAGACAGGGUGUUCUUGGAAUCAAAGUGAAGAUCAUGCUGGAUUGGGAUCCAAAGGGAAAGCAAGGGCCAACUACACCAUUGCCGGAUCUCGUCACCAUCCAUACUCCGAAAGAAGAAGAGGAGUAUGCCCAACCCGUUCUAGUAAAAGAAAUCGACGUUGCUGCUUGAGGCAGCUUCUUUCUUGGUGGUUACAUGGAGAAGAUUUUCCUGCAUGUGGACAGCACUUCAAAUUUUGCUUGGCAGUUGGAUGUUUCAGUUCCUUUUAUGUUUUAAGUCUUUUUUGGUUUUCGGUUUGUAGUUUGCACUUACUAGGUGGAUUGCAGAAUGAGUUAUACAAUUCUACCAUUUUAUCA